AUGAUGACCAUGACUACGAUGGCUGACGGGCUGGAAGCGCAGGACUCCUCCAAAUCCGCCUUCAUGGAGUUCGGGCAGCAGCAGCCGCCGCAGCAGCAGCAGCCGCCGCCGCAGUCCCACUCCCAGCAGAGCUCGCCGGCCAUGGCAGGCGCCCACUACCCGCUGCACUGCCUGCACUCGGCGACCGGCUCGCACCCGCACCACCAGCACCACCACCACAGCUCGCCCUACCCCGCCAGCGGCAACUCCUACAACCACCGCUCGCUGGCCGCCUAUCCCUACAUGAGCCACUCGCAGCACAGCCCUUACCUCCAGUCCUACCACAACAGCAGCGCGGCCAGCCAGACGCGGGCGGACGAUGCAGAUCAGCAAAAAACAACAGUGAUUGAAAACGGUGAAAUCAGAUUCAAUGGAAAAGGAAAGAAGAUACGGAAGCCUCGAACCAUUUAUUCGAGUUUACAACUUCAGGCUUUAAAUCAUCGCUUUCAGCAGACUCAGUACCUGGCACUUCCAGAGAGAGCUGAACUGGCAGCUUCCUUAGGACUUACUCAGACACAGGUGAAGAUCUGGUUUCAGAACAAACGCUCCAAGUUUAAGAAGCUGCUAAAGCAGGGCAGCAAUCCUCAUGAGAGCGACCCUCUGCCAGGUUCCGCUGCCCUGUCCCCGCGGUCUCCAGCUCUCCCUCCAGUCUGGGACGUUUCAGCUUCUGCCAAGGGAGUCAGUAUGCCGCCCAACAGCUACAUGCCUGGUUAUUCUCACUGGUAUUCUUCUCCACAUCAAGACACAAUGCAGAGACCACAGAUGAUGUGA